UGACGUCAUUUUCUAAAUAUGUCAAUGUCAAGUGUAAAAAAUCAAAAUAUUUUAUAAACAAUUCAGUGUUUACGGCAUAUUUUCACAAUUUAAACAAAAAUGGGGUUAUUCGGCAAGUCUCCAGAGCGAAACCCAAAAGAAAUGGUAAACGAAUGGUGUCAUAAGAUUCGCAAAGAGGGAUAUAACUUGGACAGACAAAUAAGAGCAAUUCAAAGAGAAGAGGACAAAAUCAAGAGGUCACUGAAAGAAGCAGCCACAAAGAAUGACAAGCAAGUGUGUACAAUACUGGCAAAGGAGAUCAUCAGGUCACGGAAGACUGUCAAUAAAAUAUACACCAGUAAAGCACAUCUGAACUCGGUACAAAUGCAGAUGAAGAACCAAUUAGCAACAUUAAGGGUGGCUGGAUCAUUGCAAAAGUCAACAGAGGUAAUGCAAGCAAUGCAGGCCUUAUUACGUCUACCGGAGAUAGCUAACACAAUGCAGGAGCUGAGUAAAGAGAUGAUGAAAGCUGGUAUCAUCGAGGAGAUGCUGGACGAGACCAUGUCUGGGAUGGAGGAUGAAGAGGAGAUGGAGGAAGCGGCACAAAGUGAAGUGGACAAGGUUUUGUGGGAACUGACGCAAGGCAAGUUGGGCGAAGCGCCGGCGCCGCCCACUGCCGUCGGAGCGCCCUCGACCAGCAAGGAGCCUGUGGAGGCGGAGCCCGAUGAGACGGAAUUGGAUGAGAUGCAGUCCAGGCUUGAAGCCCUACGCUCUUAGUUACUGUUUUGCCAUGGAGUUUCGGAGAUUAUACGCUGGAUAAAGAGAGAAAAUAUAUACAAAAAAAAAAUGCCUUAAACAAGUUUUUGAAUGUUGCAAUAGUUAUUGUAUUCGCUACAAGAAAUUAUGUUGUUGUAUUGUAUGUAAUGUUAAUAAUAAAUAAUUAAUCAGUUAAUUAUAUAUUUACACUAAGUUUUGUUAAGAAAUGUGAAAGUGGCUUGCAUAAGUUGUGUAUUUAUUA